GUUAUACAAUAAGUUAUUUUUGGUUGGAUGCGAAACGAAUCAACUUAUAAUUCCUGUACGAUCGGAACAAUUCAAAUUAUUACUUCAAUUAUCAAUUCCCAUGUUACAAAAUGCAAACAAUAGUAGUAGUAGCAGAAGCAGCGGUAAUAAUAAAAACAGUAAAGAUGAAGAUGGUGAUACUGAUGGUAGCAAUGGUAGUAUUGACGGUACCAGUGAUAGUGGUACUAACGGUGGUGGUGGCGGUAUUGGUGGUAUUAGUGGUGGUGGUGAUGAUGGUGGCAGUAAUGGUCCUGAUGAUGGUCGUGGUGGUGGAGCUUUUCAACCGGUUAAACCUCGAUCUAUGGGAAAUUUGUCACCUAUGGCAUUAUGUGUUGAAUCAACAACAAAAACGGAUGAAGCAGCAGUGGUUAUGGGACGAUGUCAUAUCGAUGAAAUGGCUGUUGAUUCGUCCACUCCAACUACCACCACAACUGAACGACGUAAAAAGAAGCCAUACAAAGAGUUAACGCUUGAGGAAAAAGUUCAAUUGAUUCGUUUAGCGGAAGAAAAUGCUGGAAUGAGUCAAGCAAGUAUUGCGGAACGUUAUUCAAUUGCUAAAAGUAAUGUUUGCCGAAUUUUACAACGGAAACAUGAAUAUCUUCGAGCAUAUGAAUGGGCUGGUUUUGCUGGAUCUCGUAAGCGUAAACUUCGUGGUGAUCCACAGCAUCAUCAUCAUCAUCAUCAUUAUCACCAACAGCAACAGCAACAGCAACAACAACAACAACAACAACAAUCGCGUGGAAAUACCAGAGAUUUUAAUAAUUUCCGAAUUUUAAAAAUGGCAAAUACGACAAAUUGUACCGUAACCCAUAGUGAUUCAACAAAUUAUAUGGAAUUGGCAACAUCAAGUAGUACGACGGAACGUGCAACUAACGAUAAUCAUGUCAUUGUACCACAACGCCCUACAACAAUCAUGCAUCAACGGGGCAAUGAAACACUUCGAGCACAUAUGUACAAACAGCAUCAAAUUUCACGUAUGUUCAUGUGCCGUUGCUGUAAUUGGGCUUUCCCGGACAAAACAAGUUUACAUAUGCAUAUGCAGGCAAAAGAAGAAGGCAAAACAAUAUCGGUACCUGUGAUCGGUAAAGGUAAUCCACCUGCUACACAUCAAAAUCAAAAUCAACAGGAGCAGCAACAGCAACAACAAAAUGAGAAUUUAACCGGUCAGAGCGGACUGACGGAAAAAGGACGGCAUUCACCGCAACUGUCAACGCUUCAUGUUCCGCAACCACGUGUUCCGGCAACAAAUCCAUUUGCUCCAUUGCAGCUUCAUUCAUUAGUUGGACUUGCACCGCAACAAACAGUCAAUCUUACCGAACAAACCUCAUUGCAAGCGGCAGCAGCUACUUUAUUUCAACCAAUGGCUCUCCUACGAGAUGCAUCCGGAAGUGGAACACAUGUCGAUGAUUUAAUGUCAAAAUUGCGUGAACGUCUGAUGCUAAAUAAUUUGGUUGCGCAAUCCAGUUUUGGUCUUGCUGCAUGGCUUUCAACUUAUCCAAAAAUGAAUCAGUCAAAUUUUACCACAGAUGCAAGUGGUGGAAAUCCGUUGGAUAUAUGCUCAUCAAAGGAUUCCGAUGUGAACUUAGUUGCUGAAGAAGACGAAAUUAAUGUUGACAAGGAGUAUGACGACGAUAUGAUAACGGAUAGUAACAGCAACGAACAACAUCAGUCGCACAUUAUGGAAUUAAGCGGGAAGCAUACAAAAAUAACAAAGAUAGAAACAUCAGUGAAUCCUGAGGAAAGCAAUAACAAUGAUAAUAAUGAUAAUGGUAAUGUCGAACGACCUAAAAGCGCGAAUGAAAUUACAGAUGAUACAGAUGAUAAUAAAAUCUUGCACGAAUCAUUGUUGAGGCCAGCUUCUAAUGCUGACAUUGGAAUUAUUUCAUCUAAAACAAUGCCAAAUUUACGUUCAGCAAUAAAUAGUUCCCCAAAGAAUGGUAGCCUAAUAUUUAAGAACGAUGAAUACAAAAGCCUUUUGAAUGGUAUUUCGAAUAAUAACGUCGACAGCAUUAUUAUUAACAACAACAGCAACAAUAAUAAUAUCAGCAGUAAUAAUAACAGCAAUAAAGGAGAGCAUACAAUAAACGAAUCAUCGGAUCCAAUUGAAAGUCAUAUAUCACCAUCUGAAACUCAUAGUAGCAUAAGUAAUGGUACAUCACCGCCUGCAUCUCGAGAAUGCUAUGAAUGUGCAAUCUAUAGGGGAAAACUGGCAAUGGCUGAAAAUAGAUGUCGUUAUUUGGAAGGAAAAACUGCUACUCUUCAAUCAGACGCGAUUCGCUUUAGUACCCGUGUGACAGCAUCCGAAAAUUCAGCACGACAAUAUGAGCAAGAAGGUCGCUUUCUAAGAGAACAAAAUGAAAUCUUGCAACGAAAAAUAUUGGAAUGUCAGGAGAAAACGUUGGCAUUUAUGCAAGCUGAUCAGGCAACUAAUGCGCAAGCUGUAGCUCUUUAUUUAAACGAUAUACUAAAGACGACUUUUCUCCGAUAA